AUGAUGAAAAUGGAAACAGAUAAGAUUAUUGGAGAUGGUAAUUCAAAUACACAGUUUAGUCCCAUGACUAUUUUGUAUGAUCCAUCUCGUAAAAAGGAACCUUCAUCACAGUAUGUAACAGAAAGGGAAAGCUGUAUUAAAUUUUUUGAAAAAUGGAGCGAGCAAGAUCAAAUCGAAUUUGUAGAACAUCUGUUAUCAAGAAUGUGUCAUUAUCAGCAUGGCCAUAUAGACUCAUAUUUAAAGCCAAUGUUACAAAGAGAUUUUAUUUCCUUAUUACCAAAGAGAGGCCUUCAUCAUGUAGCAGAGUGUAUAUUAUCAUAUUUAGAUGCAGAAUCACUAUAUUCAGCAGAAAGAGUGUGCAAAGAAUGGUAUAGAGUGAUCUCAGAAGGAAUGUUGUGGAAAAAAUUAAUUGAGAGAAAAGUAAGAACAGAUUCUUUGUGGCGAGGAUUAGCAGAGCGAAGAGGAUGGAUUGAAUAUUUAUUUAAACCUAAACCUGGAGAAACAUUUCCACAUAAUUCAUUUUAUAGGUCUCUAUUCCCUAAAAUAAUUCAAGAUAUCGAUAGUAUAGAGCAGAAUUGGCGAAUGGGACGACAUGUAUUACAGAGAAUAAAUUGUAGAUCAGAGAAUUCUAAGGGUGUUUACUGUCUUCAGUAUGAUGAUCAAAAAAUUGUUUCCGGUCUUAGGGAUAAUACCAUUAAAAUUUGGGAUAGAAAAACCUUACAAUGUCAUACGGGUUCAGUACUUUGCUUGCAGUACGAUGAUAAAGUUAUUAUUAGUGGGUCCAGUGACUCGACAGUUAGAGUGUGGGAUGUUAAUACAGGUGAAAUGGUCAGUACAUUAAUUCACCAUUGUGAAGCUGUUUUACACUUGCGUUUUAAUGACGGCAUGAUGGUGACUUGUUCAAAAGAUCGUUCCAUUGCCGUUUGGGACAUGACAGCGCCGACUAUAAUGACUCUAAGGACUGUAUUGGUUGGUCACCGUGCGGCUGUUAAUGUGGUAGAUUUUGACGAAAAGUACAUCGUAAGUGCUUCGGGUGAUCGUACAAUCAAAGUAUGGAAUACUUCCACGUGCGAAUUUGUUCGUACUCUGAAUGGACACAAAAGAGGAAUCGCUUGUUUACAAUACAAAGAUAGGUUUGUUGUCAGUGGAAGUUCUGAUAACACGAUAAGACUGUGGGACGUCGAAUGCGGAGCUUGCCUUCGCGUUCUUGAGGGUCACGAAGAAUUAGUUCGGUGUAUUAGGUUUGACACUAAGAGAAUAGUAUCUGGAGCUUACGAUGGAAAAAUAAAAGUUUGGGAUUUGGUCGCAGCUUUGGAUCCCCGAGCUCCUGCUAGUACUUUAUGUUUAAGAACUUUAGUCGAGCACACUGGAAGAGUUUUUCGAUUACAGUUUGAUGAAUUUCAAAUAGUGUCCAGCUCACAUGACGAUACAAUUCUUAUUUGGGAUUUUUUAAACUUUAUUCCAACUGAUAACGUACUGAAUAGCCCUGUUAAUGCAGCAGCCACUGGUCACAGAUCUCCUUCUCGUAAGUUCUUUCAAUAA